AUGUCGUUAACGAAUUGUCGCUUCUACGAGGAGAAGUAUCCCGAGGUGGAUAGCUUCGUCAUGGUCAAUGUCAAGCAGAUCGCCGAAAUGGGUGCCUAUGUGAAACUUUUGGAAUACGACAAUAUCGAUGGCAUGAUCCUUCUCUCCGAACUUUCGCGAAGACGUAUCCGAAGUAUCCAGAAACUCAUUCGAAUCGGCCGAAACGAGGUUGUUGUCGUUCUGCGUGUGGAUAAAGAAAAGGGUUAUAUCGAUCUUUCCAAACGACGAGUGUCGCCCGAAGAUGUUGUCAAGUGCGAAGAACGUUACAACAAAAGCAAAUUGGUGCACUCGAUCCUGCGCCACGUCGCAGAAAAGACCAAGACCCCUAUCGAAGAAUUAUACCAAAACAUCGGCUGGCCGCUGAAUCGCAACUUCGGCCAUGCUUACGAUGCCUUCAAGCUUUCCAUCACUAACCCCGACGUGUGGAACGACGUUACGUUCAGUAACUUAAUCAUCAAGGAAGAACUACAAUCAUACAUCAGCAAAAAGCUCACUCCCGCUCCCACCAAAGUCCGUGCCGAUGUUGAGGUCACUUGUUUCGGUUAUGAUGGAAUCGAUGCUGUCAAGGACGCCCUUCGUUGCGCUGAGGAGAAGAACACCCCCGAUACUCAGAUCAAGGUCAAGCUGGUGUCCCCACCACUCUAUGUUUUGACCUGCCAAACAUUGGACAAAAACCUCGGCAUCAAGCUCUUGGAAGAGGCUAUUCAGAGCAUUGAAACCAAGAUUAAGGCGGCUAACGGUGGAUUGGUGGUCAAGAUGGCACCCAAGGCAGUUACGGAACACGACGAUGCCAAGCUUCAAGAACUUAUGGACAAACGGGAACGCGAGAAUAUGGAGGUCAGCGGUGAUGAGAGCCAGUCAGAGAGUGAUGAAGGUGUACCAGAAUAG